UAAUCCACCGGAGAAUACCGAAAGUCUCCGAUCUCUUCCGAAGUACGAUCGUAACUUUCCGUAAGACUUCGGGCGCUCACCUUGUUGUCACAUGACAGUCAGGCCGACAAGAUGGCGGACAUGCGGACAUUCAAUGUUGUUAUUCUCGGUUUUUCGUUUAUGUUCAUCUUUACCGCCUUCCAAACGGGUGGUAUGAUAGAGCAAACUGUCAUCCAAAGUGUCCUCAAGGAAGGAAACUUCCAAGGAGGCAGUGGUUAUGUCAGUCUGGCGAUUAUUUACUCCGUGUUUGCUGUGGCUAACUGGGGAGCCCCGUCUGUGGUCAGUGUGUGCGGACCUCGAACCUCCAUGGUCAUCGGAGCAGUCAUGUACUGCCUGUUCAUAGCUGUGUUCAUUUACCCCAUGGUCUGGGCACUGUACCUGGGAUCUGUGCUGAUUGGACUAGGGGCAGCAGUAAUAUGGACUGCACAAGGAAGCUUUCUCACAGUCAACUCCACUCAAGAAACUAUUGGACGGAACAGCGGAAUAUUUUGGGCACUGCUACAAUGCAGUCUGCUUUUUGGGAACAUCUUUGUGUGGCAAGAAUUCAGUGGAAAGGAGACCAUUGAUUCGAAAACCCGUAUCCAGGUGUACGUGGUGCUACUGGUGGUGUGCUGUGUGGGAACACUCAUGUUGUUUGUACUGAGGAACAGAAGGCCCGAAGAUCGCUCAGACCUUCUAAAUGUCAACAGUGGAGACCAGGCCAGUGAGGGACCACUACAAGCAUUCAAACGUUCCAUCCAGCUUCUCAAGACAAAAGAGAUGCUUCUCCUUGGAGUAUGUUUUGCUUACACAGGAUUUGAGCUAACAUUCUUCAGCGGAGUGUACGGUACCUGCAUUGGGAACACAAAGGCCUUUGGUGACGAGGCAAAGUCACUUAUUGGCAUCUCUGGUGCUUUUAUUGGGGCUGGGGAAAUCUUAGGCGGAGCGGCGUUUGGUCUGGGCGGGAAACUGACUAACCGCCACGGGCGCGAUCCCAUCAUCCUGUUUGGUUUCAUCGUCCACAUGACGGCGUACUAUCUCAUCUACAUCAACCUGCCGCAGUCUUCACCCAUCACGGAGAUCAUCACUGAUGCCAGCUACUAUCCUGUACUCAUGGACUCCAAUAAGUACGUAGCGAUCCUGUGCAGUUUCCUGUUGGGUCUGGGAGACAGCAGUUUUAACACACAGGUGUACUCCAUCCUGGGCUUCAUGUUCCCUGAGGACAGUGCACCUGCGUUCGCACUCUUCAAAUUUGUACAGUCCCUGACAGCAGCAGCAGGGUUCUUCUACAGUAAGUACCUCCUGCUACAGUGGCAGUUACUCAUCCUGGUGGUGUUUGGAGUGGCAGGGACACUUGCUUUCUUUGAGGUUGAGUGGAAGACAUCCAAUGCCUCCAGGAAAGGCUAUACCCAGAUAGGAUGACUAGACAAGCAGGACCAGGAGAGACUGCUGUCUGACUCAGAGGAGGAGCAAGAACGGACACUUGAAGCAGCCGGGUUUUCCCAGGGACUACUCACAUCAGUGCUGUAGGGGACAGGUCAUUAAUGAAUGUGGUAGGGGGAGGGCUGUACUGAAAGAUUUCUUUCUGUGUACAUACCAGUGUUCUAGCCAGCAUUCGUCUACCCUGCUACUCAUGACAGACAAAUUUCCCCAAUCCGUUGUCUUUGGCAGACAAAAGUCGGUGUGUAAUGAUAUGGAAAGAGAUCUAGAUGUCAUACCAGCUUAAUAUGCUGCUCAAAUUGCAGAAAAUAGCAUUUCAGAGGGUCAAUAUUUCAAACUUUUCCCGAAAGAGCAUGCCCAAGACCCCCAACUUGCAGCACAUGACAUGAUGGAAAAUUGAAAUGAUGAAUGAAAAAAAAUUCAUGCUGACUAGAACACUUCUGAUACACACAUCAAUCUUUAAGGUCUGUUUCCUAA